AUGCAAGAGUUAGAUCUCAGUCACAACAAACUUGUAGGUCAGUUUCCCUUAUGCUUAACUCACUUGAGUGGCCUAAGAGUUCUUGAUCUCUCAUCUAACCAAUUGACUGGGAAGUUACCACCUUCUCUUGGUAGCCUUAAGUCCCUCGAGUAUUUGUCAUUGUUUGAUAACGACUUCGAAGGCUUCUUCUCACUUGGUUCCCUAACCAAUAUUUCAAACCUUAGUGUGUUGAAACUCUGCUCAAAAUCCAACUCACUUCAAGUAGUGUCUGAUAGUUCUUGGAAGCCAAAGUUUCAGUUCGAUGUUAUCGCACUACAAUCUUGCAACUUGGAAAAGGUUCCUCAGUUUCUCCUACACCAGAAGGAGUUGCGCCAUGUUGAUCUCUCUGACAAUAACAUUUCUGGAAAUUUUCCUUCCUGGCUGUUGGAGAACAACAGGAAACUCAAAGUGUUGCUUCUACAGAACAACUCCUUUACAAGCUUUCAUCUACCCGAGUACGCUCACCGUCUUCUUUUCCUGGAUGUGUCUGUUAAUAAACUUAAUCAUCUUCUUCCUGAGAACAUUGGGUGGAUACUUCCUCAUCUGCGGUACAUGAAUAUCUCCAAGAACGGCUUUCAAGGAACUCUACCAUCUUCUCUAGGUAACAUGAAGAAUAUUGAAUAUAUGGAUCUGUCUCGCAACAGUUUCCAUGGGGAGCUACCAAGAAGUUUUCUAAACGGUUGUGAUUCCAUGGCAAUCUUGAAGCUAUCACACAACAAACUAAGUGGAGAGAUUUUUCAUGAACCACCCAUAUUUACUAAUAUUUUGGGGCUGUUCAUGGAGAACAAUCUUUUCACAGGAAAGAUUGGACAAGGUUUGCAAAGCUUGAGAAACUUGUCACUUCUUGACAUUUCAAACAACAACCUCACAGGUGUUGUUCCAAGCUGGAUCGGGGAGCUUCCAUCCUUAACCGCACUGCUGAUAGCAAACAACUUGCUGGAUGGUAGCAUACCUACAUCUUUGUUUAAUAACUCUAAUCUUCAGCUACUUGAUCUCUCCACAAACAAUUUAUCUGGGGGCAUACCUCCACACCACAACUCUAGAAAUGGAGUAGUGUUGCUCCUCCAAGACAAUGAUUUAUCAGGAGAAAUUUCAGACACACAGCUAGCAAACGUGGAGAUACUUGACCUGAGGAACAACAAACUCUCUGGGAGUAUUCUGAUAAUUUGUGGGAUUAUGAGAGCUUCUAAGUGUUUUAACCGUGAUGAAGCACACAAACAAAGUAAAAAAGGAGUGAAGUAACCGUAAGUAUUUGAGAGAGAAGAGAAAUUUGAGAAUUUAAGAGAAUGAGAGGAUUUGUGAGAUUGAGAGAAUGAAAGAAAUGUUUGUAUUGAAUUGUGUGUUUAAUUGUGUAACAUACAUGGUGUAUUUAAAGGAAACAAAAGCAAUAAGCACUCAA